AUGGCUCCCCAAGAACGUUUGGCCCAGGUCUCUUCGCACCUCAACUACCCCCAAGGCAUGCUUGCAGGCCAAGUGGCCAUUAUAACUGGAUCUGGUCAAGGUAUCGGAGCAGAGGCAGCAAGGCUUUUUGCUAACGAGGGUGCUAAAGUUGUUGUUGCUGACCUCGACAGCUCCAGAGCCGAGGCCGUUGCCAAAUCUAUCAAUGAUGCAUCUCCCAAUAGAGCAAUUGCCGUUGCCGGUGACGUUCAGGACGGCGCGUACUUGAAGAGACUCGUACAGAAGGCUGCGGAGUUCGGAAACGGCAAGAUCCAUAUCAUCGUCAACAACGCUGGAUUCACUUGGGACGGAGUUAUCCACAAGCUUACCGACAAGCAAUGGGAUACCAUCAUUGCUGUCCAUGCCACUGCUCCAUUCAAGCUCGUGCAAGCUGCUGCUCCAUACUUCCGUGUAAAGGACGGUGAACCCAGAAUAAUCGUGAACAUUAGCAGUACCAGUGGGAUUCAUGGCAAUGCUGGUCAAGCAAACUAUGCAGUUGGAAAGGCAGGCAUGGUCGGUCUGACCAAGACCAUUGCCAAAGAAUGGGGGCCAAAGUUCGGAGUGCGAGCUAAUACUAUCGCCUUUGGGUUUGUCCUGACUCGAUUGACUCAGGCAAAGGAGUCUGGCGCCUUCAUCACCACUCCAGACGGUGAGAAGGUUGCUCUCGGCAUCCCCGGUUCUCAGCUGCCUUCCCAGAUCACAGAGUCUCAGGAGGCAUACGCUGAUAUCCCACUUCGACGGGCCGCCAGUGCAACAGAGGCUGCGAGGUCUAUUCUUGGAGUCUGUAGCCCGCUGCUUAGCUAUGUCAAUGGUCAAACCAUAAUGGUCACUGGAGGAAGGAAUAUGUAA